AUUGCGUGUUUGAGCCUGCCGGCACCACACAUCCUGGUGUUUGAAUGCUUAUUCCGAGGAGAUAAAUCCUCAUCAGUAAAAUAAGAAUUCUCUCCCAGUCCUCCUCAUUGCCCCGCGUGGAAAUCACUCCCGAGAGUCGCGUUCGAGCGUUAGAUUUAGCAAAAGUCUGCACAAAGGUAUUCUUCCUGCUGUGUGGCGUCAUCAGAAAUUCGGGUGACGAAAUAAAUGGCGGGGAGUAACGCUAGAAAUCGAGAAGAGGUGGUAUUUACGAUAGUGUCUCUUCUCGUGACAGAGAAGCCAUCGUACAACAUUCCGAUUCCCAAGCUCGAGUCAUUGUACAGAUCGACAGAGUCCGAGAGGAUUCCGUAUAAACUGCUCGGUUACCCCUCGAUUGUGGAAUUUUUAAGGACAAUUCCACAGAUUCAGUUAGUUGUGCGUGACGGUACCCAUUUCAUAAAUUUUCUGGGCUCGGAGAAGACUCGAGAACUGACUGAUCUGGUGGUGAAGCAAAAAACCAGUCAAAAGUGCCAGAGGAGUAGAUCCACGGCUCGAACAAAGGGUCCCCGUGGAGUACCAUCUGGAUAUUUUAGCAGAAGCCAGAGUGCAUUAUCCCCACGAAUGAGUGACAAUUUCUUGCGAUUGUGCUCGGAAACUCUUGAGAUUCUCGAAAAAUCGCCGAUCAAACUUACGAAGACUAUCCUGAUGUACAAGGUGCGGGAGAAGAAGCCGGGCUACUUCGAUAUGCAGACCCUCAACGACGUUCUGCACAGUCUCGGGGGGAAAGUCAUCAUCGACGAUCAGAUGGUGUCCGCAGCAAGCAAGGUUGGACGACAGCAUGAGAUUUCGUGGGAUAGUAAUCAACAGGAACCACCACCACCCAAGAAUCCAGUGAUCGUGAGGAAUGCCCAGGUGGAGGAAGAGGAUGAAUCUGGUAUCGAUGAUUACGGGGAUUACGAUAACAAUCAGGUGACCGUCAAGAACGAUAAACUGGUGGCGGCAAUCUCCGCGGGACAGGAGGCGCCACAAAUAACUCAGAGAGAUGCUCGAGGAAACGAGGAGAAUCUGGGUGUCAACGAUCCCAGGACUCAGGCCGAGGUGGAGAUGAUCAUCAACGAGAGAAUGAGGUUCAGGCUUGAGAAGUUAAUUCAAAAUUGUCCUGGGGGGAUCUGGUGCUCGGAACUGGCAAAAAUGUACUAUGAGAAGUACAAUUUAAAUCUUGAAUGGCAGCAGCUGGGGUUCAACAGUCUGAGCGAUCUCGUUCUUCAUCUUCCUGAUAUCUUCUACUGCGUUCAGCCCAGUCCCACAGCCGACUUCAGGGUGUUCGAUGCCAAGAAUAGAGACAAAGGAGAGGCUGUCAUGCCUGUCAAGUUGACUUUGAGUGCCAUUCAUCGGAUUUAUCCGGAUCCUGAGGACGAGGUGAGGGCGAUACCUGCUAGAUUAUCCCCUGAGACUGGUAAUCGACUGAUUCCCGAGGAUGCUGUGCCACUCGGUGAAAGCGUUGGGCAGGUUCUCAUUGACUCUUUCAAUCAGGAGGAUAAGGGUUACGAGGAAAUCGUUGUCUGUGAUGCUUUCACUCCUUCGUUCUUUUGGAUUCACCUGAGGAGAAAGAUUUACAAGCAUACUAGUAUGAUGGACGAAAUGCAGGUGUUCUACGACCAAAAAGCUAGCAGUUACGGUGUACCUCUGAUUCUUCUUGAGAAGGGGCUGAAUGUUGUCUGCAAAUUCUAUGGGAAAUGGCACAGAGGAAUCGUGAAAAAUAUCGAGCCAGAUGCAGAGUCAACGACAGCUAUUCUUUUUUACGACUAUGGAACUCUGCACAAAUAUCCGGCCAAUGAAAUUUACUUCCUCCAUCGGAUUUUCUCGAAUUUACCAGCCCAGGCAAUUCCCUGUGGCCUUUACAAUAUUAAGCCACCAGAGGAUUAUGAAGCUCUCCGAAAUCCGGAUGGCAAGGUGAGAUGGUCCAUCGACACCAGUCGUCGGUUUGUUCAACGAGUUCAUGACAGACCAUUGGUUGCCAUUUGUGGAAAAAAAUUUUAUGAGAACAACUCAAUGUUGCUCAGUCUGACAGACACAUCGAGCGACGAGGACGUAAAUAUCGGCGAAUGGCUGGUGAAUGAUGGGCUUGCGGUGUACGGUUCGAUGGGAGUGAAAGUCGAUCCCGACGAUUUAAAACAAUACACUGAGGACUACGACUGGGAUCGGACGGAAGAUGCCUUGCAGAAGUCUCAAGCAACUGCAGGAAAUAGUGAAAAUAAUCCCAUCAUUCAGAAUCUCGUGGUUAAUGGUGUUAUUGCCUCGACUCGGCUGGCUGAGCGUGGGGCACAGAUGAUGGGUCUUAUCGACAUUAUUAAAAUCAUGAAUUCCAAGGGAAUGGACAUGUCUAUGAUCGACGUAGAGUCCAUCUUUUUACUGGAGAAAGUCAUCCACGAGGACUGGGAGAAGUACUGCCCAGAGAAGCCCCACUCCUCCUGGAGCUUUUUAACCCAAACAAUUCAAAAUGAAAAUGACGAGACAACAGUUCCCGUUAACGGAAUCGAUCAGUCGUUGAAUGGCACACGUGACGUAGCCUGUGCGACGUUGGAGCUUGAGGAGGAGCUAGGGGGCUUCCAGGAGUCCCUCAGUACCUCCCAGAACGCCAAAGAGAUUGACGAAAGUCAGGGAGCACAAAUCUUUACAGAUAUUCACCGAUAUGUCAACGUUCAGGAGGUGCCGGUGGGGCUGGAGUCUUUGGAUGAAAAUGAUAUGGAGGAUCUCGGCACCUUCGACUCUGGGAGCUCCAUCAGGAUCCUGGAUGAGUGCGACGAGUCCAUGUACUCUGCUUACGAUCUAGCUGACACCAAUCCCUUCAAGAUUGAUCUGAUAUCAAGGGCAACAUCUCCUUUUUCAGAGCAUGUCGAGCAGAAGGUACUGCCUCCCCCCAUUCCCCCACGCACCAAGAAACAAUGCAGUAUGUCCACUCUGUCUCGAGUUGAUGAUGAGGCAGUCUCAGAAGGGAAUAGCACCGUGUCUCAGAGCUUCAGCAGGUCUGAUAUCGAGAUGUGGACGAACCAUAAUUAUUUGUUUGUUCAGCAGAAUGGAAACUGGACGUCUUCAGAGGUUUGUCAACCUCCAGAACCGUCUAGAGGUAUUUCUGUGCCCCCAGGAUUCAAACCCGUGGCCCCACUGAAGAGUCCACAAAAAGAGCUGCCCAAAAAUGAAAAUGAAAUUCCGGAAUUCAAUUCCGCAAAUACGAUUUUCAAUGUUUUGUCAACCACUCAGGAAAAUAGAUCGUUCAGACAACCGGACUGCCUGCAAGUCGAGCUCUUAAGAGGCCCAGUGUUCAUCUUCUUCAUGAAUGGCUCUGGCUGGAUAACUAUCGAUCAGUUCAGACGGGCUUUCACGAACUUCGCUGAUAAUCUUGCCAUCACAAAUAUUCUCCUUGAACGACGUGAUGAGACCUGUCUCAGAGUUAUCAGGAGAGAGGAGAACCCUAGAAUGUUCAAUAUUAUCGAGAGGAAGGUAGUGGGGAGUGACAAUUACGCACAGGCAAGGUAUGAUGCGUUCUAUCUCGUGGGUGUGAAUAUCGUGAUGUGCAAGAUGUUGAGGGCCUUUGGUCUUGUGUCCCAAGAGGAUCUCCGGCAAUACACUAGUAACUGUGGAGUGUCUCAUCAUCCUGUCCUCCACGACUUUGCACAAAUCUUCAGGGCUUGUAAGGAGGCCAUCAGACAAAUGAAUAAUUAAGCUUUAUCUUUUUGUUUAAACGAGCAGAGAAGUUGUCUGAAUCAAGUCAAAAGCUUUUGUUUUUUUUUUCACAUCAUUAAUUUUUAUUGUUUAUGAGGAUCUGACAGCAGACCUUGGGUAUCAAUAUCGUCCGGAGAUUUGUUCCUGGGGAACGAUGACACGUUGACGUUGAUGUUUCAUUAAUCAUAGCGUUUGUUAAAAAGUAUUUUUUUUAGUUUAAAACGACUAAAAGGUGUAUUUAGUUUUUUUUACUCGAGCAAUUUUCUAACGAAACUGUUGAAAUGACAAUAAAUAUAAUGCCAUGACUUCGGAAAGAGGGAUUGGAA